AUGUUCCGAUCUCUCCUUCUCAUCGCUGUCCUCGCCGUGUUUGCUUUUGCGGUUUUGUCAGAUUAUAUCCUAGUGAGCGCUGAAUCUGACGACCAUGCUACUCAAGGGAUCUCCAAACGUGCUUGUCCACCUUUCUUUGUUGACAUUGGAAAGGAUGUGUGUGUUCCUUUGCUACCAGGCUAUCUUGAUCAACAAAGCGACAAGAUCGAAGAACAGCUUGCCAAAUUAAAAAAAUUGGCAGCCGCGAUGAAAUUACAGUUAAUUUUUACAACGUCAAAGUUCAUUUUGACAAAGUCAAUAUUUCCCUAUAUAUACAGCAAGGAGCACUGA